AUGGCAAUCCAGAUCACACAGGAGCAGCUGGAUCAACUCUUUGGAAGAAAUCGUCAGCGAAGUUUUGCGGCCUGCACUGCUCGUUACAGCGGCGAAAAGGAUUUAGAAAAAGUGCGAGAAUUUUUACAAGUGGUCGAUCUAUACAAAUCAGUGGAAGGCAUCUCCGACAAAGAAGCACUAGACAGUUUACCCUUAGUGCUAACGGGCGAAGCCAUCACCUGGUGGAGAGGUAUAGGAACUCUGGUGAAAACUUGGAAAGAAGCCAAAGAUGCCAUCGAAACACAGUUUGCACCAAAGAGAGAGGCAUACAAAAUAUUUAGAGAUAUUUUCGCCACACCUCAAAGAGAAGGAGAACCUCUGGAUGCGUUCUUGAACAAGAAACGAUCGCUUCUAGCUGAAAUCACCGCCGUAGAAGGAAAAGAAGAACUCCAACUAGACCUAGUGUACAGUCUCAUUAAUAUUUCUAUCAGGAGUCGUGUACCUAGAAACCAAGUGACGAAUUUCCAAGAUCUAUUAACUGCAGGCCGACGAGUAGAGGAAGAUCUAGGAGAAAAUCGCAGAGAUUCUAAGCUGAACAAAGAAAAUGACAAACGGAAGAAAUGCACAUUCUGCAAGUUUCCUGGCCAUAAUGAGGAUGAGUGCAGGAAAAAGAAAAGGCAAUUUACAGAAAGGAAAGAAACGCCAACAAGGUCACCUGAAAACACAGGAUCCAUUAACUGUUACGGUUGCGGUCGCCCAGGUGUUAUGAGAAGAAACUGCCCGACCUGUAACCCGAAUUCAAGCGACCCAUAUGGUUUCUGUGCAUUACACAUGGCGCAGGUAGUGCAAGCUGCACAACCCACCCAAAUAAGGAAUAGAGCCAUGUUAGCUUUAAACAUAUUGGGAAUACCUGGAACAGCGUGUAUAGAUACCGGGGCACGAAUCAGCGUCGCCGGAGCCUCGCUCUAUCACAAACUUCAGCAGAAGAAGGUACCAUUCUCAACAAUCAAUGCCCAUUACAGAUAUGCUGAUGGAAAAUUGAGAACAGGCAAAAUACUAACCUGCCGAAAAGAAGUAAGAUUAGAAGGAAAAAAGAUUCCAACAUCUUUUAUUGUGUUACCACAUUCACCCGACAAUAGAACAUUACUAGGGAUGAAUUUUCUCCAAGAUGCAGGACUAGUACUAGACAUAGCUGGCGGAACGUGGUUCUUCAGGGAUCACCCGAAUAGAAAAUUCAGUUGGUUUUCUGAAGAAGAUGGGAAGAAAAUAAACCCACCGCAAAAUUCAGCUCAUUCAGUCGUAGCAUCGGUUGAUGUUGAAUCUCAAAGAUUCUACAAACCCAGGACAGAAGGAGAAUUGAUCGAGGAACAUAGACCAUCCCCUAUGUACUGUCCUUCUCCUUCACAACAGAGAUGGAUGUGGGAAGCCGCUGUGCAUGAUGUAGAGGCAUGGUGGGACGAAACCAUGGACAUAUCAACCCUUGAUAUCGUCGAUGAAGAGAAUAUUGAUCUUCUACUGAGAGAUGAAGAAUGUUCCGACUUCAGCUCCAGAGAACGGAAUUAUAUAAAUAAGAUACUAAUCGAUAAUAGAAAUCUAUUUCGAGAAAUAGAUACACCGUGCACAGGAUACGAGCACAGAAUCGACGUAGGCAACCAUGCGCCAGUAGCAUCACCCCCAUAUCGAUUGACACCCCAAAAAACAGCCAUCUUGAGAGAAGAGAUAGAUAAGAUGCUACAAGAGGAUGUCAUCGAAGAAAGUGAUUCGCCAUGGGCCUCACCUGUAGUAAUGGUGCCGAAACCAGGGGGAGGAACGAGAAUAUGCAUUGAUUAUAGAAAAGUAAAUGCUAUUACAAGAACAGACACCUACCCUCUACCACGCAUCGACGACCUACUUCAGGAAACUCGAGGUCAUACCGCCAUUACGACAUUAGAUCUACGAGCAGGAUAUUGGCAGAUUCCAGUACACCCCGACGAUAGAGAUAAGACGUCCUUUAUUACUCCUUUUGGAACAUAUAGAUUCAAACGAAUGCCAUUCGGACUAAAGAAUGCAUCAGCCUCUUUUCAACGAAUGAUAGACCGAGUUCGUCGAUCACGCCCAAAUCUUCUAGUCUUAGCAUAUUUGGACGACUUGGUGCUAUUAUCAGUCAGUACAGAGCAGCACAUAACCGACAUGAAGGAAUUAUUUCAAACAUUAGCGAAGUAUAAUUUACGACUCAAUCGUGACAAGUGCCAGCUUGGAUGCAAAGAGGUCAAGCUACUAGGACACAUUAUUUCACCGCAAGGAAUAAAGGCGAAUCCAGAUAAAGUAGCGGCCAUCAGAGAAAGACCUCGACCUACUAAUUUAAAGCAACUGCAAUCAUUUUUGCAGGCAUGCUCGUGGUUUCGAAAAUUCAUAGCUGAAUUCUCACAAAUAGCCCGUCCUCUUACAAAUCUCACCAAAAAGAACGUUUCUUGGCAUUGGAGUAAUGAGUGUCAGAAUGCAUUCGAGACGUUACGUGAAAGACUUGUUACAAUGCCCGUUCUACGACAGGUGGACACAGCUCUACCAUUCAUCCUCAGAACAGACGCUAGUCAGUAUGCACUAGGAGCAGUCUUAUUGCAAGGACCCAAAAAUGAAAAGAGAAGACCAGUUCCCAAUCUUGUUCCUGGAACACUAAUAUGGGUAAAUACGAAACUAUUAAGCAAGAAAGCAGAUGGCUUUUCAUCAAAACUAGCCCCACGACGUGAUGGUCCAUAUGUCAUCAAGGAGCGAAGAGGUCCCACAUCAUAUGCCAUCACGAAUCAAGAAAACCCAGAUGAAGUCAUCGGUGUAUACCACGCCUCCGACUUAACCCCAUGCAAAGGUUUGGAGAACAAAGAAGUUCCCACACACCCUAUCCGAAGAAGAGGCAGACCCAAGAAGACGAUAGAAGAAGAUCCUGGCUUACUCGCCGAGACGUCUUCGCAGCCAGAGGGGGAGCCUGUAACACCAAUCUCAACCGUACGACGCAGCGAACGUCUACAAACACGUCCAGCAACCCACGAUACAGCCCACACAGCGCCAUCCGCAGGACUACCGCGACAGCAGUGUUUAUAUAAUACUCGCUAG